AGAGUUAACAGCCCAUUUAGCUUUGCGGGCUUCUACCAGACCUAAUAUGUAAUCUACGUAAGGGCUGUGAGACUCCAAGCUUUAUAUCCGUGCUAACAUGCUAUACCUACCUAGCUUUCGGACAUACAUCAUGGCCACGCCUCUCCUUUGCAACUCGACUCCAACAUCUCUAGCUCUCCAACUUGACACUGCUGUCCCAAUGCCGAAGACAUCAGCUGCCACAAAGCCCAGCGUGACCGUGACGCUGUCGCUACCCAUGCCAACGAUACUCGCUGGAUGCUAUACCGUAUCCAAGAUAAGUGAACUAGGUCGUGACUGGAACGGCUUCGGUGUCCUUGCCGAAGAGCGUCUGGUCUCCUUAGUGUCAUGCAUUAUUGCCACGCACCCCUGUAUGAUCGAAAGCUUCCAUUGGACGUUCCAAUCCGGGGAAGAGGGGCUAAUUCGGUGGCCUGCCAAGGCCCAAGCGGUGAUGUUGCAGCCAGACUGGGAUCGUCGACGGUCGAUGUCUGGUUCGUGCCGAAUAAGAGUUAAUCUGGACAACUGCCGCCGGUUUAGCCAGCCACUGCUAUAAAGUCUAGCGGUGCAUCCCUGCAAGUAUCGCUGUGUGUGACAUGAUACCCGGUAUGGAUGGGUUGGAGUAACGCUAUGUGGAGUAGGAGCACUGCAGUGCAUGGACUUGGGGUCAACCAGCUCUCAAGAAGGUUGGUUGUGAUACAGCUUCUUGAGAAGGAUGCAUACAGACCAUCACUCAGCACGACAUAGGGAAAAGAUGGACAGUGGAAGAGCACAGCAGUUGUUUUGUUCCCCUCACGGUCCCCACAGGGGCAACGGGAGGCUCGGGAGCGGGGUCCAGAGAGCGGAAGAAGACACCUCGAGGUGAUUUUUGGGGAAUACAGCCGCGGCAUUCGCUGAUCAAGACUUUAUUAGUAGCAAGCACAGU